AUGGCGGAUUCCGAAUUGCCCACUCGCCCCAAGCCCGAGGAGACUCCCGCUGCGGAGGCUGGUGAGGGCGGAGAAGGCAAGCUCAGCAAGAGUGCGCUGAAGAAGCUUGCGAAGGAUAAGGCGAAGGCGGAGAAAGCUGCUCAGCGAGCUGCGCAAGAACAGGCCCAGGCUGCCGCUGCUGAGGCGAACGACACCGCAAAAGAUCUAUACGGCCCAAUUCCUGAGACCGCGGACGUCCUUCCUACCACACAACUCGCCGAUAUCAAUGACGAACAUUAUGAGAAGGAGAUUACGGUCGUGGCUCGUGUGGACAAUGCCCGUGCUCAGAGCGCCAAGUUGGCAUUCCUGAUGCUCCGACAGCAGGGUCUGAAGGUGCAGGCUGUUAUUGCUGCGGCGGAACCCAUCUCGCGACAGAUGGUCAAGUACACUAGUGGCUUGAAUGUCAACUCCAUUGUCCAGGUCACUGGUAUUGUAAAGAAGCCUGGUGUUCCGAUUGCCUCCGCCACCCUGAACAACCACGAACUCCACAUCCGCAAGAUCUACAUGAUCGCUGAAGCCGCCCAACAACUUCCCAUGCAGGUCAAGGAUGCGGAGCGACCACUUCCGGAGACCACUGAGGAGGGUUUCCAGGUUGACGCCGAUGGUGCGCCCAUUGUCACCCUCAAGACCCGUCUUGACAACCGUGUCUUGGAUCUUCAGACAGCGACCAGCCAGGCUAUUACCUGGAUCUCCAGCGGUGUUGCAGAGCUGUUUGCGGAGUACAUGAUCAAGAGCGGUUCUCGAUGGAUCUCUACGCCCAAGUUGGUGGGCGCUGCCACAGAGGGUGGCAGUGGUGUUUUCGAGGUCAAGUACUUUAAGAGAAACGCAUACCUGGCCCAAAGCCCGCAGCUGUACAAGCAGAUGUGUAUCGCCGGUGAUAUGAAGAACGUCUUUGAGAUUGCGCCUGUCUUUCGUGCCGAGGAGAGCAACACUCACCGCCACUUGACCGAGUUCACUGGUCUGGAUUUUGAGAAGACCUUCAGCUCUCACUACCACGAAGUUCUCGAGUUUGCCGAGGAACUCCUCGUUUUCAUCCUUUCUCAGCUCAAGGAGCGAUACGCGGACCAGAUCGCCAUCAUCCAGAAGUCAUACCCCAAGGCAGGCGACUUCAAGCUCCCCAAGGACGGCAAGGCCCUGCGACUGAACUACAUGGACGGUGUGGCGCUUCUUAAGGAGGCCGGUGUCGAUGUCUCAGAACAGGAGCGUUUUGAGAACGACUUCACUACUGCUAUGGAGAAGCAGCUGGGCCAGAUCAUCCGUGAGAAGUACGACACUGAUUUUUAUGUGCUGGACAAGUUCCCCAUGGCUGUCCGCCCCUUCUACACCAAGUCCUGCCCCCAGGAUUCCCGCUUCUCCAACUCGUAUGACUUCUUCAUGCGUGGCGAGGAAAUCAUGUCCGGAGCUCAGCGUAUUCACGAUGUGAAAGAGCUUGAGGCCUCUAUGGUCGCCAAGGGCGUCGAUCCCAACCAGGAAGGCUUCGAAGACUACCUGGCAGCCUUCCGCCAGGGAUGCCCUCCCCACGCCGGUGGUGGUCUGGGUCUGAACCGUAUUGUCAUGUUCUUCCUUGGACUGCCAAACAUCAGGUUGGCAACUCUGUUCCCUCGUGACCCCCAGCGUCUACGUCCUUAA